AUGAGGCCGGUGGGGCUGAGCCUGGGGCUGAUCCUGCUCUGCUUGCUGUGCGCGGAGGCUGAGCACCGCAGGGCCGCGGCGCUGGACAAGAGCAAGAUUGCAGGGAAAUUGUACAUCGUUGCUAUGGCCUCCGACUCCGAUAGCUACCUCCGAAGGAAGGACGAGCUGAAGAUGGCAAUGGCCACCAUCACAGUCCUGGGGGAAGGUGACCUGAAGGUCUCCUUUGCCAUUCCCACCCCCGAGGGAUGUAAGAAAUCAGAGUGGAUCUACAAGCAAACAGGCAUCCUGGGUGAAUACUACAGCUCCGAGCGAGGCAAUAAAACAGUGCAGGUGGUGGAUACCGACAACGAGACGUACGCAGUCGUCUUUGCCUCCCGAGUGAAGGAUGGGAAGACCUUGCACAUGCUGAGGCUCUACAGCAGGACACGGGAGGUGAGCCCCCAGAUCACCGGAUUGUUCAAGAAGAUUGCGAGGGAGAAGAGCUUCACUGACGAGAUGAUCAGGAUGCUGCCCAGCCAGGUGGAAUGCAGCCUUGAUGAAGCGUAG